AUGAAAGGAGUCGGCACCGCCAAAGCGAUCACUCCUCCGAACCGUAACAACUCAGACCGCGAGCACCGCCCCACCUCAACACACAACCACCGUAGCUCCGAUCGCACCCUCCCCCCACGCGAUCCUCUCCGCCACAUGCCAAAACCCAGCCACGGAUAUCCCUCCGACCGCCCAGAUCGCAGCCACACAACCCUCCGAUCUGCUCUUUCCGGCGCAAAUCACGCACAACCGACAAAUUGGUUACCUUUUCCUCCUUCUUCUUUAGAUUGGUGUCCUGGAGCUGGAACUUGUCUUUAUAGCUACCAAGAUCAUAUUCCAGCUUGUUUUCCUUCACUCGAGGGCCAAUUUCAUUGUCUGCAGCUUCUCCAGUGCAGUAGCAGAGCUAGUCUCCUUGCUAGUGAGGACCACAACCAUCUCCUAAACCCUUAUCAUGACAGUGGCAUCUCCGGCCAGUUUUUUUCUCUUGCCCAUCGAAUCGAGGCCCUGGAUGACCAGAGACUUUGCAUGAGGCAUGUUAAGAGGAAAUCCUUCAAAGAAGCCCUUCUCGAGGAAUCAAGGAGGCAACGUGAAUUUGGGUUCGGGAGAAUCCCCCUGUAA